CUAAAUAAGCGUACAAUGAAGUCAAUUGCAUUGAUUUUGUUGCUGAUUCCGUUAAGUUCUCAUCUGCUGCACGCACAGGCAGUCCAUACUAACUCAUUUGAUGCUAUCAGAGGCUGCAAGCAGUAUGUUCAUGUAGCAGAUUAUAAUGGACAGCUCGAUUACGUUUCAACCAACACUCUGCAAAAUGUGGGCCAUACCAACAAAUCCAGGAUCUUCAAGAUCGGCAUACUCGGGACGAAUGAUGGACACAUUCGCUUCGGUGACUCCAGAUAUCCUUACGGCAGAGAUGUGAUCGAAAUCGUUAUAUCAGGCUGGGGAAACACCAAAAGUGUAGGUCGAAGACAACAUCGAACAUUGACAAAUGCGUUUUCCAACCUGCAAUUGUCCGAAAUACCGACUCAAGGUCUGCUUUCGCCGUUCCGUCCCACUAUCAUUCUGCUAGAGGUGUCUACUAGGGGACUAGUGCGUGUCACGAAAGCCGGUGAUAAAGAACCGUUCCUGGAGUUUAUUGACGAGAAACGGAUCCCAGCGCACUUCAUAGGUUUCACAAAGUGGGACAAGGAUUUGAUUUACUUCUACGACUGCCCGCUAUAGUAUGGCGCAACAUACGAUACAGUAUACACUGCAGCAUCAGUAAUGACGAAAAAGAACUGAAUAAUAAAACACUCACGACAAUUGUGGGAUCCCUUUGCAAA